UCAACAGCUCUAGCAGUUUGCGUCCCUCAUUCUUGAUGCCGUCAUAUGUCAACGUUGUCAAAAUCAGAGGUUAUAAAAAAUGUGUACGAUUGUGUUGAUUUGUUUGGAUUUCUCCCUAAAAUAAAUUGAUAUUUUAUCGGUGGUUGGUGUUAAAUAGAGAUUAUAAGUAGUGCAUACAAUCAUGCCUCCAACAAUUCAACAAAAUACGCCGACAAGCCAAAAUGGGGCUGAGAAGAGGCCGGUUAAGCCAGUCGAAAAGAGAUCUGACCUAAUGUGCAAGGUAAAGUACUGUAACACCUUGCCGGACAUACCGUUUGACUUGAAGUUCAUCUCAUAUCCUUUUGAAUCCAUAAGGUUUAUUCAGUACAAUCCGACAUCGUUAGAGAGAAACUACAAAUAUGAAGUUCUUACAGAACACGAUUUGGGUGUUAGUAUCGAUCUCAUCAACAAAGAUAUAUAUGCGGUCGAGCCUGGGGCGAUGCUAGACCCUGCAGAUGAAAAAUUGCUUGAGGAAGAUAUUCUGACACCGCAAGAUUCUAAGAGAUCAAGACAUCAUGCCAAAUCAGUAUCAUGGCUCAGGAGAACUGAGUAUAUUUCAACGGAACAGACUCGGUUUCAACCACAAACUAUGGAAAAAGUUGAAGCUAAAGUGGGGUACAGUGUUAAGAAGUCUCUCAAUAAUGAGACAUUAUACAUGGAUAGAGACUCCCAGAUCAAGGCUAUUGAAAAGACAUUUGAAGAUUCUAAAGUUCCAAUAGAAAAACAUUACAGCAAGCCUAAUGUUGUACCAGUUGAAAUUUUGAAUGUUUAUCCUGAUUUCAAUCUCUGGAAAUAUCCUUGUGCACAAGUAAUAUUUGAUACAGAUCCUGCACCAGUAGGAAAGCAAGUACCAGCCCAGAUUGAAGAAAUGUCACAGGCUAUGAUCAGAGGUGUGAUGGACGAAAGUGGCGAACAAUUUGUCGCCUACUUCCUUCCAACUGAAGAAACGCUUCAAAAACGUCGCGAAGAUUUUGUCAACCAGAUUCCGUAUCAAGAUGAUGAAGAAUACGAAUACAAAAUGGCGCGAGAAUACAACUGGAAUGUCAAGAGCAAGGCUAGUAAGGGUUAUGAAGAGAACUACUUCUUUGUGGCGCGACAAGAUGGCAUCUACUAUAACGAGUUGGAGACUCGAGUCAGACUUAGUAAGAGAAGGCAGAAGGUUGGGCAGCCACCUAGCAAUACAAGACUGAUUGUGAAGCAUAGGAUUAUGAAGGCUAACGAGUUUAGAAUGCAGAGAUACAGGGAAAAGCAGCUUGAACCACCAGGCGAGGAAGAUGAAGAGAUGGAGGUUGAAGAAAUCCAAGAAGAGAACAAUCAAGAAGAACAAGCCAAUGAGAGCCAGGCAGAAUCAGACCAAGAAAAUAAAGAAAAAGAAGAUAACGGUAAUGAAAGUAACGACGAAAGGGGAUCCCGAGCAUCUUCUAGAUCAUCUAAAAGGUCUAAAUCUAGAUCUCGUUCGACCUCCGUCUCUCGUUCCCGAUCUAGAUCGAAAUCUAGGUCAAAGUCCAGAUCGAAAUCUCGAUCAAGGUCGCGAUCCAAAUCCAAGUCCAAAUCAAGAUCAAGGACACCUUCAAAAUCUAAAUCUAGAUCUCGUUCCGCAUCUAGAUCUAGAUCAGGCUCCAGGUCUAAGUCAGGAUCAAGGUCUAGAUCCGCUUCUAAAUCGCCUUCCAGAUCCAGGAGCAGGUCAGCGUCGAAAUCGCCUUCCAGGUCUAAAUCAAGGUCAAAGAGUAAGUCAGCUAGUAGGUCAAGGUCUGCGUCGCGAUCUCGAUCACGAUCUAAGUCUAAAUCAAAGUCUAGGUCUAGAUCAAGGUCUAAAUCCAAGUCUAGGUCCAGAUCAAGGUCUAAAUCCAAAUCUAGAUCCAGAUCAAGGUCUAAAUCUGGUUCAAGGUCAGGAUCAGGUUCGGAGUCUGGAUCUGGUUCUGCUUCUGGACAGUCGGAUAGCGAGUAAAUUUAUGAUGUAACCUAAAUUAUAAGUUGUAAACUUUUCAGUUCUUCAUUUUGAAUAAAUGGUAGUAAAGCAAACA